AUGUCUGUCGUCAACAUAUCCUCCAAGGAGCAGUUCAACUCGCUCCUGAACUCGUCGUAUUUUGUCGUUGCCGACUUCUAUGCCGACUGGUGCGGACCAUGCAAAGCCAUCGCGCCGGUCUACGACUCGCUGGCGCGGCAGCUCACCCGGCCGAACCACAUCACGUUCACCAAGGUUAAUGGAGACCAGCAACGCGACCUCGCACAGGCAUAUAGCGUGAGAGCAUACCCGACGUUCCUUGUUUUCCAGAACGGCCGCAAAAUCGAAACAGUGCAGGGCGCCGACCCGCGCAAACUAAACGAGGUCAUCCAGCGACUCGCGUCCGAGGCAAGCAAGUCAGACGGGGCCGGGGGCGAUGCCGGCGAAGGGAAUGGCGCGAACGGCGGCUGGCUGGGUGCCGCCGUGCCCAAGGGAUACGGCGACAUCACUGACCAGGUCGAUCUGACGGGAUUGGAGCUUCUGAACCGCGACAGCGAGCGGGGCAUGCCGCGCUCGUUGUUCGAGACGGCGAAGCCGUCUGCGCUGUCUGGCAAGGGCAAGGGCAAAGGCAAGGCCGAGGGCGGCGGCUCGCCGGACUGGGUGGAGAGUGACACCGACGAGCAGCUGAUGCUGUACAUCCCGUUCCAGUCGAAUAUCAAGGUGCACUCGCUCCAUGUGACCUCUGUUCCUCCUGCGGCCGGCGAAGACGAAGAUGCCGACGACGACGAGCUGCCCAUGCGGCCCAAGACCGUGUCGCUCUACACCAACCGCUCGCAGGUGCUUGGGUUCGACGAGGCGGACGACAUUCCUGCGGUGCAGACGGUCGAGAUCAAGCCCGAGGACUGGGACUCGAAGACGGCUACGGCCAAGAUUGACCUGCGUUUUGUCAAGUUCCAGAAUGUGACCUCGCUCGUGGUGUUCUUUGUGGAUGGAGAUGGGGAUAGCGAAAAGCUGCGCGUCGACCGAAUCCGCAUUAUCGGCGAGGCGGGCGAAAAGAGGACCAUGGGCAAGUUGGAGAAGAUUGGUGACGAGCCUGGCGAGUAG